AUGGCCCUUCGUUUUCCCCUGCAGCAAGCCCCACGCUCCGAGCCGCAACCUGUCGCCUGGGAGGGCUCUCCUAAGGCGGCGCGAAAAAGAAGAGGAGCGGGUGGCAUCAAUUUCGUUGACAUGAUCGACAAUCUCCGAGGGAAAUCAGGACAAGGAUAUUACGUCGAGAUGGCUGUGGGCACACCGCCUCAAAAGUUAAACAUCCUGGUGGAUACAGGCAGCAGUAACUUUGCUGUGGGGGCAGCAGCUCAUCCGUUUCUGCGGAAAUACUACCAUCGCUCACUCUCCAGUUCGUACAGAGACCUUGGCCGUAGUGUGUAUGUGCCUUACACACAGGGCCGUUGGGAGGGUGAGUUAGGAACUGAUCUGGUGUCAGUGCCCCAUGGGCCCAAUGUCUCUCUGCGUGCCAACAUCGCUGCUAUCACCCAGUCCGAUCGCUUUUUCAUCAAUGGCUCCAACUGGGAGGGCAUUUUGGGACUGGCCUAUGCUGAAAUUGCCCGGCCCGACGAGACCUUGGAACCCUUUUUCGACUCGCUGGUAAGGCAGACCAGCGUGCCCAACCUGUUCUCCCUGCAGCUCUGCGGGGCCGGCUUCACCCAGAACUACAGCCUGGGCAGUGCCACCGUGGGUGGCAGCAUGAUCAUUGGAGGGGUGGACUCUUCCUUAUACGUGGGGGACCUGUGGUAUACUCCUAUUCGUCGGGAGUGGUAUUAUGAGGUCAUCAUAGUACGGAUUGAGGUCAAUGGACAGGAUCUUAACAUGGACUGUAAAGAGUAUAACUAUGACAAGAGUAUAGUGGAUAGCGGCACCACAAACCUUCGCCUCCCACGCAAAGUGUUCCAGGCUGCAGUGAAGGCCAUUGAAGCAGCUUCCUCUACGGAGCAGUUUCCCUCAGGGUUCUGGCUGGGAGAGCAGCUGGUGUGCUGGCAGGCGGGCACUACCCCCUGGCACAUCUUCCCUGUCAUCUCUCUCUAUCUGAUGAGUGAGAACCGCAACCAGUCUUUCCGCAUUUCCAUCCUGCCUCAGCAGUACCUGAGGCCUGUGGAGGACGUGGCCUCGGCACAGGAAGACUGCUAUAAGUUUGCAGUGUCCCAGUCUAGCACUGGCACUGUUAUGGGUGCUGUCAUUAUGGAAGGUUUUUACGUGGUGUUUGACCGUCAGCACAAACGUAUCGGCUUUGCAGUCAGCACAUGUCACGUCCACGACGAGUUUCGCACAGCCUCUGUGGAGGGGCCUUUCCACGGCAUAGACCUGGAGGACUGUGGCUAUAACAUUCCACAGACAGAUGAAUCCACACUCAUGACCAUAGCCUACAUUAUGGCGGGCAUCUGUGCCCUCUUCAUGCUGCCCCUCUGCCUCAUGGUGUGCCAGUGGCGUUUCGCCCGCUGCUUUCGCCCACCGGGCAUGGGCGACUUUGCCGACGACAUUUCUCUCCUGAAGUGA